GUCUUCGACCACCGCUCUUUUCCCGUCCAACAACAACACUAAGCUCUCCAACCCUCUCUCUUCCUGCCAUGGCUCAAGCUCAGACUGAGACCAACCAUGGCGGCCCAAAGGAGGAAGAGAGCCUCACAUCCAGGCUUCCGACCAGAGAAGGAUGGUGGAAACCGUUCUUCCUCUUCCAAGGCUUCUGGUUCACGCCCCAAAUGGUCAGGAGCACCGUGCUCGUGCAAGCCCAGUUCCGGCCACGCGCCGACGACAUCAUCCUCGCCACAUACCCAAAGUGCGGCACCACCUGGCUCAAGGCCCUCGCGUUCACAGUUGCCCACCGCUCCCAGCACCCGGUCGCUAGCCAUGGCCACCCCGUGCUCACCAGCCACCCUCAGGAUCUCGUGCCAUUCCUGGAGCUGCCUCACCGGGAGCUCCACCCUAUCGAAGAGCUUGAGGCGCUCCCGUCCCCGAGACUCCUCAGCACGCACCUCCCGUGCACAUCGCUACCCUCAGGCGCAUCAACCCUUGGUUGCCGGAUCGUGUACCUGUGCCGGGAGCCCAAGGACGUCCUUGUGUCCAUGUGGCACUACACGAACAAGGUGCGCAAGGAUUUCCACAUAGAUUUGGGUAAGGCUUUCGAGUUCUUUUGCGAAGGGGUCUCUCUCGGUGGGCCUUUCUGGGAGCAUUGCCUUGGGUAUUGGAAGUGGAGCAUGGAAGAGCCGGGAAGAGUUCUUUUCUUGAAGUACGAUGAGAUGAUGGCUAACCCUGCUGAGCAUGUGAAGAUGCUCGCUGAGUUUCUUGGUGUUCCAUUCACUGAGGAGGAGGAGAGUGCUGGAGUGGUGGAGGAGGUGGUGAGGCUGUGCAGCUUCGAGAACCUCAAGAGCCUGCCGGUAAACUCCACGGGAGUGUCUGAUCGGGUUGGCGGGCUGCCGAUGGAGAACGCUUCGUUUUUCAGGUCUGGGAAGGUUGGGGAUUGGAAGAACCACUUGACGGAAGAGAUGGCGAGGAAGCUGGACUGCAUCGUUGAGGAGAAACUGAAAGGAUCUGGGCUCUCCUUUUGACAUGGUGUAUGUGUAGUCAUUAUGCUUCGACGGUGGUGACUGCUCCAUGGGCAUUUGAAAUGUUAGGAGUUGUGGGGGAAGAAAAUAAUAACUCCUGGCAACUCCCACUUUCCAAACACAUGCACUACCACACUCCUGGUUCCUUUUGUGUCCGUGUGUAUGCUUGUGCACUUGUGCUGUCGGGUGUAUUUCUUGAUGCUUUGUGAUUCCUUUGAGAUAUCAGCGACAACUAUCUGCAUGCUGAUUAAUUUUCAU